GACGUACUUGACCCUUUCCUUCCUUCCUUUUCUCCUCUACCUUUUAGUCGGAUAACACAACUAAUCUUAAAAAAAAAAAAAGAUAUAUUAACUUAAAAACAUCCUUUCUUAUACCCAAGUCAAAAUUACUAAAAUAGUUAUGUCAAUAUCAUAAUAUAUUAAUGAUUAGUUAUCUUACAAGUCCCGCCUAGCUUGCCGUUCUAGAACAUAUCUAGUCUCGGUGUAUUGUAUGUAACCUUACGAUGAGCGGGGCUGCACGAUGUACUUUUAUAUUACCUUCCAAUUCUGUCUUGUGUGUUUUUUUACAACAUAGGUAAAGUCUUGUCGUUCUGGUUUAUCUAUAUCUCCGCUUCUCAUAUUAUUCCUACCCUUCUAUGUAUUAAACAAGAUUCGGCUCAUGAAGGCAUAAAUAUGGGAUUCAAAACCGUUUUCUUAUCGCUGGCGUCUUUGCCGCUUGCGAAAACGGAAACCAUUCUCGGCGUCUACAUAUUCCAUCGCCAUGGCGAUCGCACUGCGAAGAGCCUUGCGCCGACCAAUCUUACUGCGUUGGGCGCCGACGAGGUAUUUCAGUCUGGUGACUUCUAUCGCACUCGUUAUGUCGCUUCUGACGCUAGCUCGCCUAUCCAUGGCUUGAGCAAUGACAUCGCUGUCCCUACGCAGUUAAGCGUUAUCUCACCCGCCGAUUCUGUGCUCCAGAGCUCGGCCCUGGCUUUCCUACAAGGUUUCUAUCCUCCCGCCGGCACCAAUGGUGUCUCGAUACUUGCGAACAAGUCUGAAGUUCAGGCACCACUUGGCGGAUAUCAGUACAUACCCGUCUCGACGUCCUCAACGACGUCUUCGAGUGCCGACUCGGAGAACAGUGAGUGGCUGCAGGGCGGUUCUGGCUGCGGCAAUGCCAUUGUUAGCUCCAACAAUUAUUUUCUAUCCGAGGAAUACACUACGGCCCUGGAUCAGACCAAGUCGUUUUAUAGCAACUUGUUGCCUGUGAUCAACGGUACCUUCAGCGCUAGCCAGGCCACAUUCAAGAACGCCUAUACCAUAUUUGACUAUGUCAAUGUUGCUACCAUCCACAACCAGAGCAUACCCGCUUCUCAGCUCCUGACCAACGACACCCUAAAAGAACUCAGGACUCUCGCUGAUUCUCAUGAGUGGAACCUCGCCUACAACGAUAGCGACACUAUUCGGGCUAUCGCCGGUGCCACGCUUGCCGCGCAAAUUGUCCAGCAGCUCAACUCGACUCUUAGCGGCAAAGGUAAGACCCCUGUUAGCAUCCAAUUCGGUGCCUACGCCUCCUUUAUGUCGUUCUUUGGGCUGGCGCAGCUGCAGACUGUGUCGGCGGACUUCACCGGCGUUGUCGAUUACGCGUCAUCUAUAGUCUUCGAACUUGUCACCAAUUCUACCGUCUCUUCCUCGGCAUACCCCAGCGCGGACGAUGUAUCUGUUCGUUUUCUGUUGGCCAAUGGUACGGCAGCCCUGAAUCCACCGCGAGAGUUUCCCCUAUUUGGCCAGACCCAGACGCUGUUGCCUUGGAACACAUUUGCUACGGAGAUGAACAAGUUUGCCAUUGGCGACACAGCUGCAUGGUGCCGUGCGUGCGGUAAUACCACCGGCACCUGCGCGAGCUCAACCUCGGGCGAUUCGGGAAGCGACGAUGGCGCAGCCGACGCAUCAACAACUUCUAGCAACGGAAUUUCGUUACCUGUUGCUGGUGUUAUUGGCGCCUUGGUGACGUUAGUCGUGAUUCUUGGCAUUGAGGCCCUAGUAUAUGCUCUUGUUGGUCUAAAACUUGUCAAGAAGUCGACGCUGGCUUCGCUUGGUGGCUCUGGUUCUUCUGGUGUGGUCGGCGGCACGGGGGCUGGUUCAAAGGCUUAGGGAUAGUUGAAUGAUAGUGAAUUUGGAUAGUACGAAGAGAUAUCUCCUAUUUCAUAGGAAUAUCAUGUGUCUAUCAUUACCUAGGUAUACAAGGCGGGUUUUGGCAUGUGGAUAUCUAUGCUUUGACGAGCAAUGACAUUUAGGAAGAAGAUGAUGAUAUUUUUAGCCAAUUUUGUAUAAUCAUUAUCCACGAUUCAACGAUUUGCUAUCCCUUUUUAGGAUUGGAACUAUAGUAAUAACCAUGUAAUGAAAUUUAUGUCGUGUGGAUUCAUUAUGAUGAUCUAUUUUGAAAACCAUCCCUAUUCAUUGAAUCGAGCGGCUAAUGUAUAGUGUAUCGAUAUCGGUAGAUGCUUCUUUCUCUUUUAUGCUUAUGCUGCCUACCUCUUCAUCGGGUUUAUUUAAGGUUGAAUUUGUUAAACAUAAAUUCACUCCUAAAACUCCACGUAUGCGCCCUGGCAGUGAAGCAGGAAACCAAGCAGUGGCGUGUCGAUUCAAAUGUAUACCGG